ACCCCGCUUCUCCUCUGUGUCUCCUUCUCGCAGUCUGGUCGAGAGUCAAAGCCGAAAGCAGAGAGAACAUCGACGGUUCUAACUGAACCGAGAAUCCACGGCAGUCAUGGCGGCGCCGUUAGCCCACUUUGAUGAGGACUGGCAGGACUUUAACGAAUUCAAGCCGUCCUCGGACGCGGUCGACCCAUUGGACAAGCUGAACUCAAACGUGGGCGAUUCGUCGGGCCUAGACGAUUUCUCGGAUCUGGACAACAGUUUCUCUGGGGAGAUCUGCAGCUUCAAGUCGAUGGAGGACCUUGUCCACGACUUCGAUGAGAAGCUCACAGUGUGUUUCCGAAACUACAACACUACGACGGAAAACAUAGCUCCCAUUAAACCUAUCACCGAGGAUAAUUACUUGAAAGACGACGAGGUGUGGAACGCUCUGACGGAUAACUACGGCAAUGUGAUGCCGGUGGACUGGAAGACAUCUCACACUCGCUCCUUACACCUGCCUACCCUCAACCUCACCAAACACGAGAAGUUGGAUAACCAAUCUUUAGAUCUGUCUGACGAUGAGGAGCUGAGGGAGCAGAUGGACAUGCACUCAAUCAUUGUCUCGUGCAUCAACGACGAGCCGCUUUUCACAGCUGAGCAGGUGAUUGAGGAGAUAGAGGAGAUGAUGCAGGAGUCUCCAGACCCAGAGGACGAUGAGAGUCCUUCACAGUCCGACUUGUCCAUGCUCUCUCAAGACCUUAAUGCUCUGAAACGCUCCGGCUCCAACACCAGCUACGAGGACCGGCUGCGUCACAUGUCCGUGUCAGAGCUGACUGAGACUCUGGAGGAAGUGGAGGCGGCCAUUCGUCGCUACAGUGAGGAGCUGAUCCAGGCUCUGGCUCUGCGAGAUGAAUUGGACUAUGAAAAGGAGGUGAAGAACAGCUUCAUCUCACUGCUCAUUGAAGUGCAGAACAGACAGAAGGAGCACCGCGAGCUGCUGCGGAAGAAGAAGAAAAUCCGUCACACGACUACGACGGGGCCCAAUGGCCAGAGGACGACCAGCACGCACAUACCCGGCACGUACCUGACCACAGUGAUCCCUUAUGAGAAGAAAGCAGGCCCCCCGUCUGUAGAAGAUCUCCAGAUCCUCACAAAGAUCCUCCAUGCCAUGAGGGAUGACAGUGAGAAGGUACCUGCCCUCCUAACAGACUACAUUCUCAAAGUCCUCUGUCCCACAUAAAGUCAAAGGCGACACUCCUGUUUCCAGAACCAUCCACUGGACCAUCAGAAGAGGGUUCUGGUAAUCCAGGAAAAACCCACAAAGUGGCCCCCAGUUUCCACAUCAUAGACUUUCUUUCCUUGUGGUACUUUUUUAAAAAACUCUGUUGAUCCUAGGAUUUUAACUCUCCUUGACUCGUAUAUUCCAUUGUAACUUUUAACUUUUUAAUGCUUGAGUACUACAUCCCUGCAUAUAUUCUGACUGCAUGAUAACUUGUCUAUAGAUGCCAGUAAUCAGUAUUAGUCUGAACACCUCACUUCCUGGUUUGUCCGGGCUUUUGUGAACAGUCAGGAAAAUAACAAGGUGUAACUCGCGUGCACCGUCAUCAAGCUCGUGUGAGGCGAAAUUUGCAUCCGUGUUGUUCAUGCCUGACAGGAAAAACACAUCCGGGCAGAAUCUGUGAAUCUCAAAGUGCCAGGCAAGUCGUGUUAUGAAGUCCUGUUUUGUUAUUUCCUUGUUAGGAAUCCAUUGCAUUAAUGGCAUUUGUUGAUGGUUGCACAUCAUGACGACGUCUUAAGGUUGAAAACUGCUUGGUGAGGAUCAAGGAACAAACCCUUUAAUUUAAAAAUGCAAAACUGUAGGUAGUGAUGUUGUUGCAUGUUGCUUUGGGGUUUGCACUCGAUAGUAGCUGUUAGCUGAAUGUUAAGAUGAAAUAUUUUGUAUAUGAUGAAAGAAAUUGCACAGUUUGGGGAACUUUUUUUUAAAUGGGGAAAAAAAGUGGAAAGACUCAAAGUCGUAGCUGGAUGAACAAAUAUGUAAAGCAUAUUUUUGGAUAAGGGGAUGUUUUUAGUGAGAUAAGGGACUUUGUAAUCAUUUUGUAAAUCUAGUCUGUUGACCUCUGAGCCCUCAAGUAGUAACCUCCCCAUCCCCACCAAUGUCAUCACUUCCCCACGAGGUGUCAUUUCACGAGUCUGCAGAUACCUCAUGUGCUAAAGUUCAGCAUUAGUGGAAACCAGUCUGUCUGAUUGUAUGUUAGCUUGGUGUUGUAGCUCAAAUGAAGUCAGAUUUGGUAAAUAGUUAAGCAUCUGUUAUUAGUUGUGGCAUUUUUAAAUCAGUCUCUUACAUCUUUAGCGCUUAAAUUUUAGUGGUAGCACUUUACUCCGUCAGUGAUCUGAUCGUGUGCUGUCGUAGCACAGAGUACGUCUCAGUAGAUUAGUGUGUGGUGAAGCUUAGAAAACAGAGCUGAGGUGAACAAAGAUGCUAACAUGCAUUUAUUUCCCAAGGGGCACUCCCCUGAGUUUACAUUACCAUCAGCUUGUGGAUCAUGAAUCAACCAGCAAAACUGCUGUGUAAUGUCUUCGGCGGCUCUGGAGAACCUUUAACAUGAUGUCACCGAGUUUAUUUCAUCCCAGGCUUGAGAAAACCUUCAGGAUCUGCACUAGGACUAAAAGUCUGGGCUUUCUUCCAAGUCUUUCUGGAAGUGCAAUACUUACUGGCAGGAGUUGCCCCUCUAAAACCAACCGCGUCUUCAGCAAGUUGGCACGCUAACGUUCGAAACACCAGCCGCUACAGGUGCACCACACACUGUCAGAUCAGGUCUAGCCUAGCUCUCAGGUACGAUCAUCAGUGUUAGUAGUUUAAAUCAUCCUCAGAAAGUUGCUGACAUUCCUGAGUCGUCUUUUAGCAGCUAGACUUGGAGCUUGGUGCACUUCUAUCUUAGAAAUGUUCUCAUGCAUAGCAGCCACUCAGCUGAACCCGCUCAGAAUCAUGUAGUACGCUCUGCAGUCAUAGCAGCAGCUGUAGCGUAGGUAAAGACAUCUGUAGAGGCUGCAGUAGCAUCUGCUUGUUGUAGGGGUCUUCUUAUAAAAGCAUAGCUGUGGUUAACACGUCUGUCUUUUACUGGGUAAGAAUCGAACGCCUCGCUCUGGAAAGGGGAGUGAUGAAGAUGAUGAAUGUCGGGGAAGAUUGCACAAACGGUUGCUUAAAUGAAUAGGGGGCCAUUUAUUUUGUAAAGGAAGUCAAAAGCUUGUUAGUGCUGUGUUAAAACUAUUUAUAUGUAACCUGUUUCUACUUUUGCCAGCUAAGAAAACAUUCACAACCAAGCAUGUGCUGCAUGCACUAUAGUGUUGCAAACACAUUUCUUAUGGUUAAUGAUUUGUCUGUUUAGGAGCAUAUGGAUAUUAGAUUAAAGGGACAAGCAGAGAAACCUGUUAUGAUUUUAACUCUUAGAAAGUAAUCUGAAGUCCUAAAAUCAGAGGCAGCGAAAUACUUAAAUCAUAUCUUGAAAGGCGUCUAUUGAUUUGUCAUAAUCUGGUUAGUAAAGUACUUAAAUUAAACUAGCUUUUAAUGCCAUCUGUGUAAAUAAAUUACUGAUUUAUGACACGGCAGUCAGCACAGAGGUCGCUGAAAGAUCUCGUCUCAGGCCAGAGCCUCUCAUCCAGCCUGCUCAGCAGACAUAUCAGUUCAACUACAAAUUUAGAGAUUUAUAUUUAUACAUGUACAACAAGCAAUGAAAUAAGAGGCUGCCUUUGUAAAUGCCUAAAAAUCUUUGUACAGUUAACAAAUAACUCCUUUUUUUUAAUGCAAUAUAAUUCCCCAGUUUGGGGUUUUAUGUUUACUGUCUCAUGUGGUACUGCAAUAUAUUAAUUUAUUAUGUAAAUGUUUGUUUUGUAACCAUAUUAUUGACUGUAAUGGUACAAGUGUUUUGUGCCCUCAUUGCAUUGCAACCCAUUACAAAAUAAAAACUAGAGUUACCUCCUCA